AUGAGCGCGGCGGGCGGGAAGGCGGCGCGGCCGGCGGCCCUGGCGGAGCCGGCCCGGGCGGGCGGCGCGGCGGCGGCGGGCGGGAAGGAGGUACCGAAGGUGCUGGUGGACCCGCGGACCCGGCGCAGCUUCGUGCGCGGGCGGUUCCUGGGGAAGGGCGGCUUCGCGCGGUGCUACGAGCUGGCGGAGGCGGAGAGCCGCGAGGUGUUCGCGGGCAAGGUGGUGCCCAAGUCGCUGCUGGUGAAGCCGCACCAGAAGGAGAAGAUGUCCAUGGAGAUCGCCAUCCACCGCAGCCUGGCCCACCGCCACGUCGUCGGCUUCCAGGGCUUCUUCGAGGACGCCGACUUCGUCUACGUCGUGCUGGAGCUCUGCCGCCGCAGGUCGCUGCUGGAGCUGCACAAGCGGCGGAAGGCGCUGAGCGAGCCCGAGGUGCGGUACUACCUGCGCCAGACCAUCCUGGGCUGCCAGUACCUGCACAGCCACCGCGUCAUUCACCGGGACCUCAAGCUGGGCAACCUCUUCCUCAGCGACGACAUGGAGGUGAAGAUCGGUGACUUUGGCCUGGCCACCAAGGUGGAGUAUGACGGCGAGCGCAAGAAGACCCUGUGUGGGACCCCCAACUACAUUGCCCCAGAGGUGCUGGGCAAGAAGGGGCACAGCUUCGAGGUGGACAUCUGGUCCAUCGGCUGCAUCAUGUACACUCUGCUGGUGGGGAAACCGCCUUUUGAAACUUCUUGUCUAAAAGAAACGUACAUCCGAAUCAAGAAGAAUGAGUAUACUAUUCCCAAGCACAUCAACCCCGUAGCUGCUAACCUCAUCCAGAAGAUGCUGAGGUCCGACCCUGCCACGCGCCCAACUAUCGACGAGUUGCUGAAUGACGAGUUUUUCACGUCGGGAUACAUCCCCAGCCGUUUGCCCACCAGCUGCCUCACCGUUGCACCUAGAUUUUCAAUUGCUCCCAGUGGACCUGAGCUGAACGGGCGAAAGCCACUGACUGCACUCAACAAAGGACCAGACAGCCCUGCACUAGAGAACUUGCCUGAAAAGGAAGAUGUAGCUGGGCUGCGGGAGCUGGGAGAUGCUGUUGACUGUCACUUAGCUGACAUGUUACAGCAGCUGACGGCAGUCAACUCGGCCAAGCCCUCUGAGAAAGUGGCAGUGAGACAAGAAGAAGCUGAAGACCCAGCCUGCAUUCCCAUCUUCUGGGUUAGCAAAUGGGUGGACUACUCGGAUAAGUAUGGUCUAGGUUACCAGCUGUGUGACAACAGCGUUGGAGUUCUCUUCAACGACUCCACUCGUCUUAUUAUGUACAAUGAUGGGGACAGCUUGCAGUACAUCGAGCAAAACAGCACCGAGUCCUACUUCACUGUGAGAUCCUACCCCUCUGCCUUGAACAAGAAGAUAACACUAUUGAAAUACUUCCGGAACUACAUGAGCGAGCACUUGCUGAAGGCAGGUGCUAACAUCACCCCGCGGGAAGGGGACGAGCUGGCCCGUUUACCCUACCUCUGCACGUGGUUCCGGACCCGCAGCGCCAUCAUCCUGCACCUCAGCAACGGCACCGUGCAGAUCAACUUCUUCCAGGAUCACACCAAGGUCAUCUUGUGCCCUCUCAUGGCUGCUGUCACAUACAUAGAUGAGAAACGGGACUUCCGCACAUACAAGCUGAGCCUCAUCGAGGAACAUGGAUGCUGCAAGGAGCUGGCCAGCCGGCUCCGCUAUGCUCGCACCAUGGUGGAGAAGCUCCUCAGUUCAAAGUCCGGCUCAGCCCGUGUGAAACCCUCUGCUUAGACCUUGUUCUUGAUGGACUUGACAUCUGUGCCAAACUGUCCCACCUGUGGAUGGGGAGGUCUGGUGGCAUCCCUGCUCGCACUGUAACCUCCCAUCACACAGCUGGGCUCCCACUCCUGGGUGCGGUCUAGCUGCCACAAGGAAGCCCCUUGUGCUGUGGGAAUGGCGUUGUUCACUCUGACUGGUACCCAAAGGUUUCUUGCUCCCCAUUCCUAAUAGAAAGUCUAUUUUUUAAUUGCAUACCUAGUAUUUUUUUUUCUAACUUCCCAAAGCCAAAAGCCUGACUCAAAAAACAACCCUCUUGUCUGAGGCUCCUGGGCCUUGAGAGAACAGAGCAUGGGGAGAGCAGAUCUAUCAUGUAAGUUAUUUGUACAUGUCCGUGCUGAUGCUCUAGGCUUUUAUUUCCUCUUGCAGAGAUUCAGGUAAGAUAUUUAACAUGCCCAGGGUGAGACUGAGCAAUCGGCCUUUUAAUAUUGAAAUUAAUCUACAUGAAACCUAAACUUUUGUAUAUUGCGUAACUUGAUUAAAGAUUGUUCACUGCA